GCCGCGACUUUCACCCCGCACGUCGCGGAAAGAGAAAAUGCGUAACGAUCCUUGCGACGACCUAUCGCACUUAGAGACCUAUCACAAUUGUUUAUGGAGGGGGGGAAGGAGAAUUUUUUGAAGCGAAAACCGCCGAGAAUAAUUUAUAAUUUAUCAAGCGCUCGGGGAACGAGCGUUCGAAGUGGCGAAACUUCCCGAGGGAUGGAAAAGCACCUCAACGACGUCGUCCGAAGGGCAGUCAGUUGCGUGCACCUCAACGGAAAUUAUAUAUUCGUGGAGUAGAAUUUUUCCAAGCGACAAGAUUAUUCAAGAGGGAAGAUCGAAGUUAAGUUACUUCGGAGGCUUUAGGUCCGUCAGCCGAGCGUAAAAUAGGCCCUGACGUCCGCCGGUAAUCACAAAAAUUGGAACAGCGAAGGUAAAGUGGGGUGCGCGUGUUUCGUACCGAUUGUUGAACGGCGAAGUGGCGCUUGUCACGCGACUUAAUAAAUGCCAUCGAAAUUAAUGCUCGAGAGAGCGGACUUUCUUGAAGAAUGCCCUUCGUGCCUAAACGAUUCUCUUUGCGACCUACAUAACGUCACAAUUGCUGAAUGCUGAGCGUUACAGCUAAUUACAUAUAAUUACAAGUAAUAGAAAUAUACAAUAGUAACACAAAUAUAUGUAAAAUAACGCAAAAUGACAGCAGAAAUUAUGUAAUCGUUAAUUUAUUGCAUAAUUAACUUUAACUUCUUCUUCUCAUUUUAGUAUUAUUUUAAUGUACAGAAGCUAAUGAAAAAGAGUUUAAAAAAUAAUUAAAAGCUAUUAGUAGAUAAUCAAAAUAGUCAAAGAAUAUUAAAUACAGAUUUCAUUUGCGACGUUCGCACAUAAAUUAUUUAUGCCUUAAUGACAAAUAAAUAAAUAAUGGCGAAUAAUACACUGAUUAAAACCUUGUUCUUAUUAAAUAUCGUUCUGUUAACUUUGUGCACGAGCAAGCAAAUAUUGUGCUGUGAAAAUAACGCGUUAUUGGAAACUACGGGUGACGCUAUUUUAACUGUCUUUGUGGACACGAAUUACGGACAAUAUUGCAAUGUAUCGUCAUCUAAAGGCCUUCAACAAAUCUUGACGAUAAUACACGUAGUGCGAACUUUAAACAAAUAUGACUACAUACCAGGUGUAAAAUUAGGGCUAAGAAUCUUCGACACGUGUCACGAUGGGAUUACGGUGUUUAGACAAGUUCUGGGAGUAGCGAUCGGGCAAAGUUGCGCGCCGGAUUACGAGAUGGGUGUACUGGUGCCGUCCCAGUAUGGACCCAUGAUGGAUUAUCUUCGCGAUCACGGCGGUCCGCCGAUCGGCAUCUACGGGGAGCGGGACUUCACGGUGCCCGCGAUCGAUAUCCUGGCGCAUUAUCUGAGCACCAGAUACGGGAUUGUCGAUCUGGUGCGCGCCAACGCGGACUCCGUUCUCGAUCGUUUCCUGGAAGCUACCAAGGACGCCGGUGUGUGCGUGAAGCGAAGUGACAGGCGCGUCAACGGUGACAGGUACGCGAACGUCACGGAAACGGUGAUAGUCGCAAUCGGCGAGAGAAAUGACGUGUUACGAUGGUUGGAAGAGAACGAGGGAUCGAAGGGUUCCAGAGAAACGUGGUUCCUGCUGUCGCUCGAUAAUUUGGAUAUUGAUGAUCUCAUACCAUCCGGAUCGUAUGUCAUUAAGCCGGAAAUUCCUCGUCUCGAUCUUGGCGAGUUCUCGAGCGCGGGCGAAUUCCUGGAGAACUCCGACAACUCGGCGAACCACUCUCCGUAUCUCCUCGACAUUGGCAAGGCCGUCAUCAAACUGGCGGAAGUCUUCCAGGAUUUCCGCAAGAGAAACUGCCCUAUCGGCAACGAGGAGAGUAGCAUCGUGACGCAAUCCCCUGAAUCGCAACGGGAAAUUCUUGAUUCGGACGUUUACGAGCUUCUUCACAUGCAACCGCGGUCACACUCGGUGAGAUACGUGGUCGCCACGAAAACGCGACACGAGCUCAUCGACGUCGCUCUCUACGAGAUCGAAAUGCCCGAGUUACGCGUUCUCACAGAGAGGACAACGUCCGGAAUGCCGGGGCUCUGUUUGGAGCAUCUCGCCGAGAAUUGCGAAAACUGCACGAAUUUUCAGCGACGCGACGUUACGAAAAUGGAUGUCGUUGGCAAAAGUGUUCUGCUGAAGAACAGUAUUUACGUUCCUGUUUUCUUGAUCGCCAUCGUGUUCGGCACUUUUGUGUGCUGCGUCAUAGUGACCUUUAUCAUCUAUCGUUUUGCGACUGAGGAAAUUCUCGACGGCAAUCCAACCCUAACAAUCGUCCUCGUCUUGGCCAACCUAUUUACCCUACUAACAGCACUGCCCUUCUGCGUGACGGACGAUUAUUUCGGCGCGGAGAACCUGAACGCCUGGAAGAUCCUCCUCACCACUCUCGCGUUCGGCCUCACGUUCUCGAUCAUGCUCUCGAGAGCACUCUUCCUGGCCUUGUCCACUGGCGGUGUUUUUAUUAUUCACAUUAAUGGAUACUUACAGAGUUUUAUGGCGCUCUUCAUGUACGGCGUGCAAAUCGCCAUGUCGGUUAUGUAUUUCGCUCUGAGCGCAAUGGACUCAGCCGUGGUCGCCAGAAGCCUCAUCUUUAUUGCGUUACUAGGAUACGAUAUAUUUUUAUUAACUGCACUGUUCGUCGCUUGCUACUUCAUUAUUCGAAUACAACGCAAUUACUACGAGGGAAAAUGUUUCUUCGGCACUGCUGUCGGUCUGCUAGCCAUAUGGGCAAUAUGGCUGAUUUGCUUCAUGUUGAUGCAGCCGGAAAAUCGUGACGCAAUCGUUUUCUUCGGUAUAAUUUCUACGGCUUACUUAAUUAUUUUCGGUGUCUUAGUACCAAGGAUCUAUUACAUGAUCACGCAUACACCCAGAAGAAAAGAUCUUGGACAAAGAUUCAAUCCCGUCAGUCUAUUGACCGAUUCGACUGUUAAUACGAUUAGGCAGUCGCGUUCCUCCUUUGAUUACGUUCAUCCUGCUCGAGAAAGUCAGAUUUUACGAGUGCCAUCAGCAUAUUCAAAUUAUUACGGUAAUUCAAGCUCGAACUCGAAACAUUUCGAGAGAUGCAAAAGUCCAAAUCACCACGAAACGCCUACAUAUAAUAGUUAUGAAUGUCAAGCGGAAAUGAAGAAGAUCGACGCUACCUACGUCACGCCGCGAAUGUACGUCGAGAACACAGAGUAUUUAGCUACAAAUGACGUCAUUUACGCGCAGCCCAGAAUCUAUAAAGCUCAGAGGAUAAUUUUGGGAGAGAGAAACAAUGCAGAAACCACUUGUAAUAGAGAUAAUUCUUCACCUAUCUCUAGACUACACGUCGAAAUGUAUCCUAUAAGAUACACUAGCCCAACAAAAAUGACGACGGAACGAAGGAUCGAUCAAGACGAAGAGGAUGAAGAGGAUAAUGCCAGUAGAGUUACCCGCUUUUAACAAAUUGAAUCUAGUGUUCAAUUUUUAAUAUCCUAUACAUAAUUUUACACAAAUCUAUUAGCUUCGUAAUGUAAAAAGUAAUCUUUUACUCACCGAUACGAUGCGCAGCGGUGGAGUUGUGACUACGUUGAACUGCAAAAUAAAAAUAUACGUAAUUAAAGCAA